CCGCCGCCUGCCAAGAAAGACGUGGAGCUCCUCCUGGUGAAGGAGCAGAACGGGGUGCAGUACACCAGCAGCCACCUCCUGGAGCACGGCCGUCCCAGGUACAGCCCGGCCGGCGCCGCCCCGCUGCCGGAGCGCGAGACGUGGGGCAAGAAGAUCGACUUUCUCCUCUCCGUCGUCGGCUUUUCGGUGGAUCUGGCCAACGUCUGGCGGUUCCCUUACCUCUGCUACAAAAACGGAGGAGGUGCCUUCCUCAUCCCUUACAUCCUCUUCCUCAUCAUCGCAGGAAUGCCUUUGUUUUAUAUGGAACUUGCUUUAGGGCAGUAUAAUAGAGAAGGGGCUGCCACGGUAUGGAAAAUCUGUCCAUUGUUUAAAGGUGUGGGCUAUGCUGUGAUCCUCAUAGCACUAUACGUUGGUUUCUACUACAAUGUUAUUAUUGCCUGGUCUCUGUAUUACCUGUUUGCCUCCUUCUCUCUGGGGGAGCUUCCCUGGACUCAUUGCAGUAAUCCCUGGAAUACCCCCAACUGCACAGACCCUAAAGUCAAUACCUCCGUAUUUGUCAAUGUUAGCUCCAAGCUCAAGAAUACUCCUGCUGCUGAAUUUUACGAGCAGCGAGUCUUGCAACUUAGCCGUGGGAUUCAGGAAAUCGGCCAGCCCCGAUGGCAACUUGUGUUGUGCCUCUUGGUUGUAGUGAUAGUCCUGUUUUUUAGCCUGUGGAAAGGGGUGAAGACUUCUGGAAAGGUUGUAUGGAUAACUGCUACAUUGCCUUAUGUUGUACUAUCUGUGCUGUUAAUCCACGGGCUAACUUUGCCUGGUGCAUAUGAGGGAAUCAAGGCAUAUCUCAACAUUGAUUUUGGAAGAUUGAAAGAAGCCACAGUAUGGAUUGAUGCUGCUACACAGAUAUUUUACUCUUUGGGAGCUGGAUUCGGUGUCCUGAUUGCCUUUGCAAGCUACAAUGAAUUUCACAACAACUGUUACAGGGAUGCACUGAUGACCAGCACAAUCAACUGCGUCACCAGCUUCAUCUCCGGCUUUGCCAUUUUUUCUAUUUUGGGUUACAUGGCUCAUGUAUACAAAGUCAGCAUUAAAGAUGUGGCUACUGAAGGAGCUGGGCUGGUUUUCAUUCUUUAUCCAGAAGCUAUUUCAACCCUCAAUGGAUCAACUUUUUGGGCAGUUGUGUUUUUUAUCAUGCUGCUUACCCUGGGCAUAGACAGCUCUAUGGGUGGCAUGGAAGCUGUUAUUACUGGUUUGGCAGAUGAUUUCCAAAUCCUGAAGAGAAACCGAAAGCUGUUCACACUUUUUGUCUGCAUUGGCACUUUCCUGCUUGCUCUCUUCUGCAUAACCAAUGGGGGAAUCUACAUACUUACUCUGCUGGACACGUUUGCUGCUGGAACCUCCAUCUUGUUUGCUGUGUUAGUGGAAGCCAUAGGCGUUUCCUGGUUUUAUGGUGUGGACAGAUUCAGUGAAGAUAUCCAGCGAAUGAUGGGUUUCAAACCAGGCAUCUACUGGCGAUUGUGUUGGAAAUUUGUGAGCCCUGCUUUUUUACUGUUUGUGGUCUUAGUGAGUGUCAUAAAUGCCAAACCUUUGACCUACGACCAAUAUACUUACCCCUCCUGGGCCAAUUCUGUUGGAUGGGUCAUUGCAUCAUCUUCCAUGAUACUUGUGCCUGCAUACAUCCUCUACAAAUUACUGAAGACACCAGGGACCUUUCAACAAAAACUAGCGUACUGCAUCACGCCAGAGAACGAGCAGCACCUAGCAGCUCAAGGAAACGUGAGACAGUUUAAGCUUCAACACUGGAUAUCCAUAUGA